AAAGAGGAAUCGGAAAGCAGACGGGCGGGAGCGAGAGAGAGAGAGAGGAGGUAAGAAGUCAGCCGGCCAUGGAAUCCAACAUCGGCAGCCUCAUUUUUAGUGUCCUUGCAAGUGAGGAAGCUUCGUUGAGGGAAGUAUCCCGUCGGAAAAUCGCGGGUAUAGAGAGAAAGAAGAGAACACGAAUCUUCUAAAGCCUUUUCUGGCCAUUUCCAGCGCCCACAAGGACGGGCAAGACUUCCCUUAGCAUCCCUUAGCUCCAGAGAGACUAUGCGACCGGCGGUGCAGCGUGUGAGUUGCCGGAGAAGUAGAUCGAUUUUUGGAUAACUGAAACUUUGAGCCUUCGAUUUGUUCGAUUGGGCGACUUUCUGGGCACGUGACUGGUAUAGGAGUGACUAGCAGAGUAUUGCGAGUUCGGUGGUGUGAGCAGCUUCGCCGUACGCUGCUGUAGGAGGCGACGCGUGGACGCGCUGAUGAGGGGGACCCGCGACAAUUUGGUCCAGCAGCUUUUUUUCCCUCCUUUUCAGUUUUAUUCAGUCCUUUGAGCUUAGUUCCAUUUGGAAAUUAUGGUUCGUGGAAGAGAUGCAUGUUGGGAGCACUGUGUUCUUGUGGAUGCAACAAGACAGAAGGUGAGAUGUAAUUAUUGUCAUAGGGAAUUCAGUGGAGGUGUUUACCGGAUGAAGUUUCAUUUGGCACAAAUAAAAAACAAAGACAUAAUCCCCUGUGGAGAAGUCCCAGAUGAUGUGCGAGAUCAUAUUCAAAGUAUUCUAAGCAUUCCUAAGAAGCGGAAAACUCCCAAGAAACAAAAGGUGGAUCGAGCCGCCAACGGUCAACAAAAUAGCUCUUCAGCUAGUGGUGGCUUACAUCCUAACCAUGGGUCCAGUGGCCAACAUGGUAGUACCUGCCCAUCUUUGUUAUUUCCACGACCCUCACCUAGUGCACAACCAGUAGUGGAUGAUGCUCUGAAGCAAAAACAGGAUAAUGCAGAUAAAAAAAUUGCACUGUUUUUCUUACAUAAUUCUAUUGCUUUUAGUGCUGCUAAAUCGAUGUAUUAUCAAGAGAUGUUUGAUGCUGUAGCUGAGUGUGGGGUGGGUUACAAAGCUCCAAGUUAUGAAAAGCUGAGAUCCACCCUAUUGGAAAAAGUGAAAGGUGAUAUACAUGAUUUGUACAAGAAAUAUAGAGAUGAGUGGAAAGAAACAGGUUGCACGGUCUUGUGUGACAGCUGGUCUGAUGGUAGAACCAAAUCAAUUCUUGUAAUUUCAGUUGCAUGCCCCAAAGGAACACUAUAUUUGAAGUCGGUUGAUAUAUCCGGUCAUGAAGAUGAUGCUAAUUACUUGUUUGAAUUGCUUGUCUCGAUUGUCUUAGAAGUUGGUGUGGAAAAUGUUAUACAAGUAAUAACUGAUAAUGCUGCCAGUUAUGUUUAUGCCGGGAGGCUUCUCAUGGCCAAGUACAGCUCCUUGUUUUGGUCACCUUGUGCGUCUUACUGUAUUGAUAAGAUGCUGGAAGAUAUCAGUAAACUAGAGUGGGUGGGAACAGUCUUGGAGGAGGCAAAUACCAUCACUAGGUACAUAUAUGAUCAUUCAUGGACCGUAAAUAUGAUGAGAAAGUUCACAGGUGGAAGGGAUUUGGUCAGGCCUAGAAUCACUAGAUUUGUGAGUAAUUAUCUUUCCUUGAGGGCCAUUGUUAUCCAGGAGGAUAAUUUAAAGCAUAUGUUCUCUCAUUCAGAGUGGUUAUCAUCCAUACAUAGCAGACGUCCAGAUGCUCAAGUCAUUAAAUCUUUGUUGUUUCAAGAUCGGUUUUGGAAGUUUGCACAUGAAGCUGUUAGUGUCUCUGAACCACUUGUUAAAAUUUUAAGGAUUGUUGAUGGAGACAUGCCAGCUAUGGGGUAUAUUUAUGAAGGAAUAGAGAGGGCAAAGGCUGCAAUCAAGGCAUUUUAUAAGGGCAUUGAAGAAAAAUAUAUGCCAAUUUGGGAUAUAAUUGAUCAAAGAUGGAAUAUACAGCUCCACUCGCCUUUGCAUGCUGCAGCAGCAUUCCUUAACCCGUCAAUUUUCUACAACCCAAAUUUUAAAAUUGAUUUACGGAUGAGGAAUGGGUUUCAAGAAGCUAUGAUCAAGAUGGCUACUUCAGAUAAAGAUAAAGUAGAAAUCACCAAAGAGCAUCCAAUGUUCAUAAAUGCUCAAGGUGCUCUUGGUACUGAUUUUGCAAUCAUGGGCAGGACAAUGAAUUCUCCAGGUGAUUGGUGGGCUGCAUACGGCUAUGAAAUUCCCACUCUGCAGAGAGUUGCUAUAAGAAUACUUAGCCAACCUUGUAGUUCCCACUGGUGCAGAUGGAAUUGGAGCACCUUUGAGAGCAUUCACUCCAAGAAACGCAACAAAAUGGAGCUUGAAAAGUUAAAUGAUUUGGUUUUUGUGCACUGUAAUCUUUGGUUAGAAUCAAUCAGCCAAAGUAGGAAUGGAAAGUGUAAACCUAUUAUACAUGAUGAAAUAGAUGUUAAUUCUGAAUGGCCCACUGAACUGGAAUCUUCAACCCCUCUCUUGGAUAAUUCAUGGCUGGACAAUUUGCCUCUUGAGUGUAGAGACAGUACUUGAAAUUGUAUAUAUAAAAGAAAAAAACAUGCACAUAUUCAAAUUA